AUGCCGUCUCUGACUGCUCUAGGUCUCGCAGCGGCCUUGACUCUCGCGUCGUCUACCAACGCGCAAUCCGUUCUUGCCUCGCUUUCUCCGUGCAUACCCCCUCUCCCUGUCGUUCUGACGUCGCAUCCUCCAACCGCCUCUUCGGACGGCAUCGCAAACGCCUCUUCCGUACUCGAUAGUCUGGUCACUGCGGCGUUCAAUGCAAACCACACUGGUACCCCCAACAUCGACAGCCUCGUCAUUGCGGUCAUCACUGCGAAUGGCACCGUCUUUGAGAAGGGGUACGGUAUCAGGAUUGCCAACGAGACGGACCCUGCUCUGCAAGGCGGAACUCCUGACAGAAACACUCUUUACCGGAUCGAUUCCAGCUCGAAGCUUCUCACUGCCAUCGAGACCAUGUAUCUCAAGCAGCAAGGCCUUGUUACUCUUGAUGAUCCUAUAACCAAAUACUUCCCCAACCUCACUGAAAUCGCUCAAUCGAACCCCUCCGUCGAUCCCUCGCUCUGGACUCUCCGCGCCAUAAUGGGCCACAUCGCCGGUCUUCCCGCCAAUUAUCCUGCCAACCUGACCGACUGGCCGCACAAUGUCACGAGCAGCACUCCUGGGCCCACGCUCGCUGAAACAACGGUCGACGAUCUCUUCAACGCGAUAGCGUUGCAGGAGCAGCCGUUGCCGAUGUGGAGCUGGCCGAUGUACUCCAAUUUAGACUAUGCGUUGACUGGGAUGGUCAAUAUGGCUGUGGCGAAGGAUCCGCCGGCGACGCAUCUGGAGUUGUUAGAGAGGGAUUUGUUUGGGCCGUUGGGGAUGAAUAGUACGGGAAUUACACCGGACGACGAUCAGGCGAAGAGGUUCGCUGUGUGCUCGACAGAUCCUUCGAUCGCCGACAACCUCAGUCCUGUGCUGGACCCCGCCGGUGGCAUCUUCACCUCCCUCGCAGACAUGGAACUCAUGAUCCAGAUGCUGCUUCAGGCCUCGGGAGAUGGUAGUAUCUUGAACCCUGCGACGAUGCGCGAAUGGCUCCGUCCGGCGACUGCCCUCUGGGAUGACGAGUUCGAGAUGGGUCUUCCUUGGGAGAUCUUCAAGCUCAGGAACACUCACGGAAGGGUCGAGAGACUGUUCACCAAGAGUGGCUCCGGAUACGCUUACCAAGCUUCCUUCACGAUCAACCCCCUCUCUGGCUACGGAGUCAUGGCCAUGUCCUCAGGUCUGUACAGCGACAUGCUUCAGUUCGCCCUCCUCGCAGUGGAGGCUUUCCAGCCUGCCUUCGACAACCUGAAGGACAGCAUCUCCACCGAUCUCUACCAGGGCAACUGGACCUCUUCCGACGGUCAGACAUAUAUCGACAUCAGUCUCGACGAUGGGGCGUUAUGGGCUCACCAGGUCAUUCUGGAGGGAACGGACGCCGUAACGUUGUUGCUUGGUGCAGUGGCGGCUGGGGAUAAGGUGACGUUGUGGCCUACGUUUAGGCCAGGCGUGGAGGAAUUCAGGAUCUCCUUCGGGUUCUCUCAGCAGAACGGCAUUCCGAACUGGCGCUGCAUGGUCCCCGUCGUCGACCUCGACAUCGGGUACAACUUCGGACAUCCGACCACUCAGCUCUUGUUUGGGAAUGACUCGAGCGGUCAGCGGUACUUGAGCGUUCCGGCUAUAAAUGCCACACUGUACCGCUCUUGA